CGGUGGUGCCGCUUCGCACCGCACCGCUGCCUCUCGCCUGAUGCCCCUACAGCCGCCUGCUUUCGGGGGACCCCUAAACCCGUCCCCGCGGCUGAGGCCGCGCUAGCAGGGCCCGCUGCCCGCCGCUGCCCACCCUCCUGCGGGGGGACCGACCGUCGCCGCUGUCGUGGAGCGUUAUCCUCCCGCGGGGAGCCCCGCCGCUGCUGGCGGGCGGGGAGGGCCGGGGCGGGGGGAGCGGCGGGUCGCACCAUGGGCUCGGCGGCCGGCGGCGCCCUGAGCGAGGCCCGCGGCCGCCGUGGGCCGCAGCUGGGCCGUGGAGGCGCGGGCUGGGCGGGAGGGCCGCGGUGGCGGCCGCCGGGGCCGCAGCGGCGCCAGUAGGGGCCUCUUGCGCGGCUUCCGCGGGCCGGGGCUUGGCCGGACGAGGGAAGGCAGGAAGGAAGAAGGCGCGGCCGCCACCAAAGGCUAAGUCUUGAAAACAUGAUUCCUGCAACUGUUCACACUGUCCUGAGUGCUCUAUAUUUAUGCUGCCACAGAAAGAACUGGUUACACUCGGAGGAGAAACACUAAGGACUGAAAUGCGCUUGCAGCUAAAGUAUCCUCAUCAUGAAUAGGUACACUACUAUCAGACAGCUUGGUGAUGGGACCUACGGCUCUGUCCUCCUAGGGAGAAGCAUUGAAUCUGGAGAGCUAAUAGCCAUUAAAAAAAUGAAGAGGAAGUUUUAUUCCUGGGAGGAAUGCAUGAACCUUCGAGAAGUUAAGUCUCUGAAGAAAUUAAACCAUGCCAAUGUAGUAAAGCUGAAAGAAGUUAUUAGGGAAAAUGAUCAUCUGUAUUUUGUGUUUGAAUACAUGAAGGAAAAUCUUUAUCAGUUAAUGAAAGAAAGAAACAAACUGUUUCCUGAGUCUACAGUUAGGAAUAUUAUGUAUCAGAUCCUGCAAGGGCUUGCGUUUAUCCAUAAGCAUGGGUUCUUUCACAGAGACUUGAAGCCUGAAAACCUCCUUUGCAUGGGACCAGAACUUGUGAAAAUAGCAGACUUUGGCUUAGCCCGAGAAAUCCGAUCCAGACCUCCUUACACUGAUUAUGUGUCCACACGAUGGUACAGGGCUCCUGAAGUCCUUCUCAGAUCCACCAGCUAUAGUUCUCCAAUAGAUAUUUGGGCUGUUGGUUGUAUAAUGGCAGAAGUUUACACACUGAGGCCUCUCUUCCCAGGCGCCAGUGAAAUUGAUACUAUAUUCAAAAUUUGCCAAGUCUUGGGAACACCAAAGAAGAAUGACUGGCUUGAAGGCUACCAACUCUCAGCCUCCAUGAAUUUUCGCUGGCCUCAGUGUGUACCUAACAACCUGAAAACCCUCAUACCUAAUGCUAGCAGUGAAGCGGUGCAGCUCAUGAGAGACAUGCUGCAGUGGGACCCCAAAAAGCGGCCAACAGCUAGUCAGGCACUUCGAUAUCCAUACUUCCAGGUUGGGCAUGCCCUGGGCAUUCAGGCACUGGGGAAACAAAAGGAACUGCAUAAUAAAUUGUCUCUGCAUAUUAAGCCUGUCCCUCCAGCACAACCUCCUCCAAAACCUCAUGCCCGCAUUUCAUCAAGGCCUUUUCAACAGAACCAGUCUUCUCAGCACUUGGCGUACCUGCAUAAGAAAGACAACAGUGGGGCUGAGCACAGUAACUACUUAAAGGAGGACAAGCCUAACCAGGUUCUUCUGCCAGCCAUUCACAAUAAGGUGCCUCAGCAGAAAACAUGUGCUGGGACUGAGAAUAUAAAUGGUGAACUUAAACCAAAACCUAGGCGGCGAUGGGGACAUCUUGCCACAACAGUGAAGAAUUCUGAAGACUGGGAUGACUUGGAAGACCUUGAUUUCAGUUCUUCUGUCACAAGAAUUGACUUGAAAAACAAGAAGAGGCAGAGUGAUGAUACUAUUUGUAGAUUUGAAAGCAUUUUGGACUUGAAGCCUUCGGAUGCUGUAGGCUCUGGCAGCAGUGCACCUUCCCAUGUGACCUUUUCACGGCAGGACACUCCUACAUUGCGAGUUUCUGCAGCAAAGCAACACUACUUGAGACAUUCUAGGUAUCUACCUGGAAUAAGCACAAGGAAUAGCAUAGUCUCCACUUCAAACAAAGAGUCCGUUCCGCCUAAUCCCUGGCCCAGUUCUGGUUUGCCUGGGAAAGCUUCUGGUCUGGGAGGAAGUAUUAACAGGAUGAAUUCAGGGUCCAUAGGAUCAAGUGGUUAUAUCCCUGCACUUCUGAAGAAGGAAGUAGGCUCUGCUGGGCAGAGGGUACAGUUAGCGCCAGCUGUGGAUCCAUCUUCUAAUUAUGCUUCCGUGAAGUCAGUAAGACCCCAUCUUGGACAGCCAUCAUUCAGUUCACCUACUAAAAGCACACCAAGGUUAAUGCCUUUCCCACCACCAGCUCAGCCAAUCCAUGGGCGCAUUGACUGGUCUGCAAAGUACGGUGCUCACCAGUGACGCGUGGAAAUACUCUCUGAACUAGUGGGUGUUUUCCAUGAAAUGGUGGCUAACAUGAGACAAUUUGAUACUGUUUUAUGUACCUGUAAAAGAGACAGAUCCUCUAUGAACAAGACAUUUUGAAGGGUUGGGUUUUUUUUUUUUACUUUUAUUUGUAUUCAUUUGAAUGCAAUCUUGUAACUUUUUGUAUAAAAUUGUUUUGUUAUAUAAUUGGGUCCAGUUAUUUUCAUAAAUCUGGUACAUUUUGUAUAUAUCGCUUAGGGGUUGUGGCAUUUUUAUACGAUAAAUUUUUAUAACAAACUUUUUUAAAAUUUCACUUUUCCUUUAUUAGAUUCAACUUUUUUAUAAAAGUGGAUUAAAAAAAGCAAAGUGGUGCAAUAUUGCAGUGGAAGAGAAGUACUGAGGAAGGGGCAUUAAUUAGACAUUUUCUGAAGUUUUUGUGCUAAAUGAGGCUGUAUAAUUUCAGUGAUGUCAUGUCUUGAUGCCACUCUUCUGUGGUCCUAUACUCAUUUGGUUUGUGCUGACAUCGAAGGAAUGAGUAACUAACAGUCUAAACUCCUUUGCAGUCACUCAGAGACUGCCAAAAGCCAGUGGGAGGCUUCUUUUUUAAUUUAUUUUUGCCUUUAAAAGGUUUUGUUGGACUGCUGUCCAGCUCCAUUCUUUUGCUUUUACCAAAUUUGGGGAAUCUCGUCGUUUGAUGAAGGGUGGCUGCCCUUCCGUAGAUCUGUUUUCUGACACGGCACGCUUUUGUCCUGCUUUCAAAGUUGCUUCUUGGCAUCGUUCACUAGGAAAUAGAAGGUGGACCUACCUCUCUUAGAUUCAUUUAAAUGUUCUAAUGAUUUCUAAGCAGAAAAAUCAGAUUUUAUUUCUUCUUUUUUGUUGUUGUUGUUAAUAUAAGAUUUGAAGACUUACUUAGGACAGUAUUAACAAUUAUAAUGCUGGUUUCAGAAUAAUGAAGUAUUAGUGAUACAGCAGUAGCAGAGUUUAAGCAAACAGUAUCUAUGCAGCUGACUUACUUUUCACAACUGUUUUAAAUCACUUUGGGGAAAAAAUAAUCCAGAGGAAAUGAGUGAGUUUAAGCUUACUUCAGUUUUUCCUCACUUCAAUACAUCUUCACUUACAAUGUCAAGAAUAUGUCAGCUUCGAUAAAUCAGACCCAAGGCUCUACUGAAAAAAAUGAGACCUUACCUGGUCCUGCCAAAAACUGUUCUAAAUUCGUGGUUGAUUUCACAGAAACUGAUACAGCCCUUUGAAGAGCAGUUUAAGUUAGUUUGUAAGAGCAAAUAAGUUAUCAGGUUAUAGAGAAAAGAGAAUAGCCCCAUAGUCUGGUUUAAUUCUGUAAUGGGAAGGAGUGCCAGAGUCCAGCCAUGAGCAAAAGAUUCAUUUAGAUCAUAGUCAGCAUUUGGCAGUUCCAGCACUUCCUUCACAGAAGGAAGAUAAAACAGUACAGUGCUGUGGAAGAACAUCUUCCAUAGCUGCGUUUUGGAACAGCAGCACCAAAGCUGAUGUGUGCUCUAAAAAUGGAUCUUCCUGCAGAAGUGUACAGGAAUGCUCACCUUUCUGAGCUCAUUUUAUGAACAGAUCAGGCAAAUUGUAUAUUUACAAGACUUAAAUCCAGUCUGAAGGGAUCAGAGCAGGUAUGCUUCUCAGCAUCCAACCAUUCUGAAGGAGCUGAGUGGCUACUGUGUUAAUGAGAUCCUAUGUGCCACGCUUGAUGCCAUGCUCCUGUUGUCCUAUACUCAUUUGCUUUGUACUGGCAUCAAAGGAAUGUGUAACUAACAGUCUAAACUCUCUUCACUGUGGACUGGAGACUGGAAACCCAUACUGGCUUUUUCAGUACUUUCCGUGGAGAACGUGUGGGACUCCGAGGAAACUGUACCUUAGAGUAGGCUGCUGGCUCAGUGCUGCAGGGGGGAGGAACUGUGAGGAACACUGGUCACCACUUGCUUUUGUGGACUUGGUCCACAGUGAGACAGCACUAGACAGAAGGGGUCUAUGAAUUAAAUAAAGUGUGUGUGUAAGACUUAUACAUGCCAAGGACGUGUUAUGUGUCCAGCUACUCCAUUAUUUGCUCAUUGCAAGUGCUAUCUCUAGACCAUACCUAGCUGCUUCGAAAGCAGUGGUGCCAAUGCAUGGCAGUAAAACAAAGCAGCCUUUCGAUUUCUAAAACACACACUGAUGGUGUUUUUUGGUAAGUGGAAAAGGAAAUAUGUAUAUUUGUGUUAGAACUGGAAAGAGUUGUUUCUUGUGGCAGAAAUAAAUAUCUGUAUUUAUAUCUAGAUAUUCAAUUUAUUUUAUCACUCUCUCAAAAGGGAAUACUAUUCUAAGUAUCCCUAGACCCGAGUAGACAAUGUAAUUAGUCUGUUCCAUGCACUUAAUUCCUACUACAGGAAGUGGGAGAUGAAAAAGUCACAAGAAUGGGCUGCUUGGGCUUGGGUUCAUCCUAUCUAAACAUGAGCUCCUUUAUUGUGAGGUGACUCUGAACUAAUGGUGAGUGAGAAUCAUCUAAGAGAAAUUUGGCUCACUUGAGAACUUAAUAGCCCUCUGGAGACACCUGGGUCUCCCCACUGAGGAGGGGGGCUACUCCACGUGUUGAAAGUAACACAGGAUGAAUUCGAACAUGCCCUGUGAUGUCUGAGCCUGUAUCAGCCCUGUGGUGAUUUGGUGAUUUUCUUUGACUAUAGCAUUCAGGUUUUGGUCAGUCGAGUGAAAAGAUCAGCAAAAGUAGAAAGGUAGUAGUACUCUUUUUUGCGUAUCUCCUCCUUUUGCAAUUUAAAGCCUUUAUGUAGGAAAAAAACCCUAAUAAUCUUGAUAUUCAGAAUCCCUUCUGCUAGUUUUAACUUAGCGGACAGAAAAUGAGCUGAGUAUAAUGGCAGCACCAGUAGUCUUUACUCGAGACUCCAGCAAAUUCCAAGUGAAGCUGGAAAGUUUUGCACCAGGACUGAGUGGGGUGAGUGUGUUAGUGUGCUGUCUCAGUGUGCAGAGCACGUAUGGAAAAGAUGUAGGGCUUCAUUAUAUUGCAGUCUGGAGCAGCAGCGUAUCUGAGGAUUUAUGACAUGUAACUUACUACUUUGUGCUUUCGUAUUUAGCAGCACCUUUAUGUAAAACGUUUUUAGAAUUCUGCUGUUUACAUUUUGUCAGACUUCUGCAUAACAUGUAAUAAUGACCGCUGGAAGUCAAGGAGCCUGGCAGUGGGCUCAUUCACCUCUGUAAUCCACAUUUUUUUCCUAAAAGUAUUGUGUCAGUGCCAUGAUGUUAGCAAAAAAAGAAAGAAAGAAACAAAGCUGGAAAACCCACUUCCACAGUAUCUCUGUGUCUAAUAAGGCUGUUGGUGUGAGUAGGCUGUUGCGUAAUGUGAGGAGGAAGAUACCAAUUGAGAGAACAUGUUUGAACUUAUGUGGAAGGAGAAGGUGGAAUUGUCAAGAGUGAGUAAAGAAAUAACAGUUCUUGUUUAUUCUGUGGUUUUGUUCAAAAUAUUACACAUGCUUGUUUUGUUCCUUCUGUGUCAAGUCUCCUGCGCGGAAUAAAGUUACUCUUGAAGAAAUAUCAACUGACUGACAAGGGUCUUGAUCUUUUAUUCAGUUUUUAAUAAAAACUCUGUAGUUUGGC